UCAGUGAGGACAGAGGGGAACCAUACCCCGUCACAAAUCACUCACCUCUCAUGAGACAGAGGGGACCAUCACAAACUCACUCUAUGUCCUCCUAGUCAGAGGCGAACCAUACCCAGGUCACUCAUUAUCCCUCCUCCUCCUCCCUCCCUCCCUCCCUCCCUCCCUCCCUGUAUCACUGCUUAUUUUUGCUUUAAUGUGUGUGGGAAAGAAUGAGAGUCUGGCUGUGCUCGAAGAAAGAAGGCAAUUUAGUCUGUCUGUCUCUUUCUCUGCUUCUCUCUCGCUCUCUCUCUCGCUCUCUUUCAAUGGACACCAUGUUUACAAGAAAUCUUCCCGCUCUACCUCCCCCUCUCUCUCUCUCUUUCUCGCUAUUUCUACCUCUCUCUCUCACUCUCUCUAAAUUCAAAUCAAUUCAAUUUAAGGGCUUUAUUGGCAUGGGAAACAUAUGUUGACAUUGCCAAAGCAAGUGAAGUAGAUAGUAAACAAAAGUGAAAUAAACAAUAAAUAUUAACAGUAAACACUCACUCUCUCUUUCUCUCUCUUUCUCUAUUUCUCUCUCUCUCUCUCUCUCUCUCUCUCUCUCUCUCUCUCUCUCUCUCUCUCUUUCUCUCUUCUCUCUCUCUCUCUCUCUCUCUCUCUCUCUCUCUCUCUCUCUCUCUCUCUCUCUCUCUCUCUCUCUCUCUCUCUCUCUCUCUUUCAAUGGAUACCAUGUUUACACGAAAAUUCUCCCUCUCUCCCUCUCUCGCGCUCAAAGAAAAUUCUCAAGGCAAUUACAUUGUAGUAAUGAUGCCAAACAGAAUGUUAUUAUUCAUUGAGCGUUUGUUGACAACAUGGCAGACAGUUGAACCGUCUAUCUACUGUUUGUCAGUGGGUGGGGAGCACGAAGUCAGUCACACACACUCUAGGGGACACACUUUCGGUUUGGGUUUUAGGGCAUGGAUGUCGGAACCACAACACGGCUCUGUUUUUAGACGUGAUUUAUAUGUUGAACAUUAAUUAGAGGGUACUUUGUUUGUUAUUGAGUCUCCCCCUGGGCUGUGGUGGCUUUGAAUGGGUUAUUGUACAGGGUUGGGGUCAGGAUCAUGGAAACUGGUAUGACUGUAGGGUUAGGUAAAGGGAAAGGUUAUGAGAGAGGUGCUGACAGAUGAGAAAUGUAUGCUACAGUGGCCGUGCAUGGAAAAACGAUGACCGCAUUACUGUACAAAUAUGCCAUGUUAGCCUAUGGGUUCACCCUACCUACCUGUCACUGACGCUCUCUCUCACUGCCUGUUUUUUCUACCCAUUCCCUCUCUCUCUCUUUCUGUCUGUUUUUUUAUUCCCCCAUUCUCUCCAUAUAUUUCUCCCUUUUUCUCUGUUUUUAAUUACUCUCCAGAGGAGUGGAACGAGGCGUGGCUGCUCCCUCCUCUCCCCUAUCUCUCUCUCCCUCUCUCUCCCUAUCUCUCUCUCCCCUAUCCCUCUAUCUCUGGAUGGGAAGGUGAGCUUAGGAGAUCCAGUGAGGUGUGAACAAGGUGCAGCAGAUUAUUUUAUUUAUCAGUGUUUGCUCAGGAGCCAGAGCAAGAGAACAGGGAAUGAAAACACAGCCCGCAGGAGCAUCCACAUAUCAACGUAACAAUUAAGAACACACACACUCACACAUACACAUGCAUCGCUAACACACAUACUUACAACUGCACACACAUUUACAUUUUUACAUUUAGAUUCUAGUCAUUUUUUGCAGAAACUCUAAUCUAGAACAACUCAUUAUGCGUGCAAAUAAGAAAGCUGAAACAACCAUAUAAAAUGAGCAAUAAUAGGAAAAACAUUCCUAAAAAAUAAGGGUAAGUAAGAAUCCCAUUGAACACACAGACUUGACAAUUGGUUGGUUGAUUAAUUGGUUGAUUAUUUGGUUGAUUCAUAUUUGUAUCUCUCUUCAGUGAUGUUGAAGUGUGAAUCACUGGUUAUUUUAUUGUUGGCUGUAUGAUCAAACUAUGUUAUUGAUAAAUUGGUUAAUUAAUUGAUUUCUCUCUCCUUUUAGCGGUGCGGCAGUGUGACUCAAACCCUUGUGGGCGUGGUGCGACGUGCCAGGAGUCUCCAGAGGGGUUCCAGUGCAUCUGCCCCCCCGGCUGGACUGGCAGAACCUGCCAACUAGGUCAGUAAGAUGGACGCUAUGGAACACUAGUAGUCUACAAAAUAAAUCUCUUCGGUAUAGAUACAUAGUAUAUCCACACAAAGCAUUUCUAGCUAGAGAAUCCAGCCACCAGAUCUAACUCAGUAUGCGUACAAUGUUACACUAUGUCCAUUAGGCCCAAGUACUCUCAUAUUGAGAAGGAAUUCCCCAAAGCCCUAAUGCAUAUUAGUUCUAAUGACAGAUGAUACUUCAGUAGGGGGUAUUGUAUCGAAUCAAGUUAAACGCACACACACACACAUACACAUACAGACACAUACACAUACACACACAUACACACACAUACAGGCUCGAGGCUUAUAAGGUCCGUGGAGACAUAUUUCAGGAUGACAGUCUUAUAUAUAUACCUCUGUGUUGUAGUGAUAUGUCACACUGACAACUGAUAAUCCCCUACAGUUCCACUUCAUAGCUCGCAGUACAUUGCUCACAUUCACUUGUUUGCACUCAACACACACACACCACAGCCCAGGCUUUAGCUCCGACCCACAGGACAGGUUCCCAAAAAUCCUGACCCUCCAUCUGAGAAAAACAGACUCAGUACACACACAGAGAAUAUACUUUACAUAGUUCUCUCUCUGUCUCUGAGUCUGUCUUCACUGUAUGGAUCAGUGAGAAUACAUCAGUGAGAAUCCCCUGUCUUCAGGCUGUUCAUACAGGGGUCAAUGUUCCCUAUCUCUCUGCUCUUUCUCACCCCUGGUGGUAAAUCCUUAUGGUGCUGACAGCAGCAGGGUUUCUAUUACCUGACUGCUUCCUGUCUCCUCAUUGAUGGUGUCACACCCUCAUUCUUCCCCCUGCUACCAGAGACCACCCUGAGGGGUUUCUCUCAGCUCCAACACUCUGGAGAUUGGUAGAGGAGGUGACAGAGGCACGAUUGCUUCUAUAGCCACACUGGAAGUGGUUCAGCUCCCUUGGGUCUCGUAUAGGAGAUGAGACGCCCACACACAGACACACACAGACACACACACACAGAGACACACAUAGAGACACACACAUAGAGACACACACAUAGAGACACACACAUAGAGACACACACAGAGACACACACAUAGAGACACACCCAUAGAGACACACACAUAGAGACACUCACACAGAGACACACACACACAGACACACAUAGAGACACACACACACACAGACACACAUAGAGACACACACAGAGACACACACAUAGAGACACACACAGAGACACACACACAGAGACACACACAUAGAGACACAUACACAGAGACACACACAUAGAGACACACACACAGAGACACACACACGCACACACACACACGCACACACACAGCCUCUGGCUUAAUUUAACUUUAUUGGGCUAACAUUUCAGUUACCACAGCCUUUGUCAUUGUUGUCUAGCAUGUGUGUUAUUGCUCUUUUUAAAAGGUUUAUUGCUCUCUGUAUAUGUGACAGUGUAGUGAGUUGUGCCAGGCUCUUACAAAAGGACUGCUGCUGUUAAUUGGCGGAAGCUAAAAGAUUGUCCUGAGACCCCACCAGUGAUUUUAUUGAUGUGUUCUCUCUCUCUACUUACCAACUCUCUCCACAGACACCAACGAGUGUGAGAUGGAUGUGUGUGUCCAUGCCCGCUCCUGCCGUAAUCUGAUUGGUGGAUACCUGUGCGAUUGCCUGUCAGGCUGGGCGGGGCCUAACUGUGACAUCAGUGAGUAUGAGGUCAAGAAUGGAGGAAGAUGGUCCUGUAUGGGUGUGUGUGUGUGUGUGUGUGUGUGUGUGUGUGUGUGUGUGUGUGUGUGUGUGUGUGUGCGUGCGUGUGCGUGUGUGUGUGUGAUUGAGUGUGCUGAUCUCUAUUUCUCGCUGUUCUUUAGGGAACAGCAGCUGCCAGGGGUUAUGUCUAAAUGGAGGUCACUGUGAGGACUCUGUGUCAGGCUCACGCUGCCUGUGUGUACCUGGUUUCUCUGGGAAGCACUGCCAGACUGGCCCCAGUCCCUGUGAUAGCACCCCCUGUCAGCACGGAGGCCAGUGUGUGGACAAGGAGGGCAGGGCGGAGCUGUGUAGCUGUCCCAUGGGCUACUCAGGGACGUACUGCGAGGUCAGACUCCAUUCUUAGAUACAUCAUCUUCCCAUUGGUUUUCUGUAUCCUCCUCACAUAUUUUGUUCUUGUUCAUAUUUUCCAGGUGGUGGUGGAUCUGUGCAAUCCCAACCCAUGCCAGCAGGGGGUGCCCUGUCAGAGCACCAAGGGGGGGUACAUGUGUGCCUGCCCCGAGGGUUACUAUGGUAAUGAGUGCACAAGCCUUAAGGACCCCUGUCAUGGCCAACACUGUCCAGGUGAGUCGUAGUUGGACUACGGAGAUUAGAUUUGUUUUACAUUAUGUGUGUGUACAGGUGUGUUUGUUAACUAACUAACAUGUCUCCCUCUCUCUCUCUCUCUCUCUCGCUCUCUCUUUCCUUCUCUCUCUCUGUCUCUCACUAGGUGCCAUGUCAGACCCAGCUCGUGGAGGGGUCAAUCUCUACAUAGUGUUGGUGGGUGUGUCAGUAUUAGUAAUGGCGUGCGGCUGCGCAGCCUGCGCCCUCUUCCUCUCCCGCCUCCACCGACGACGGAAAAAGACGCAGGGCGGGCCCCAGGAGGAGGGCAUCAACAACCAGAGGGAGUUCGUCACCCUCAUCCGAAACCUAGACCGUCCCGCGCCCCUCCUGCCCCCUCUCACCACCACCCAGACCCCUGUCCCUGUACCGCGCUGCUGCGAAGAGAUCGAGCUCACUCUACCCCCCUCCCCGGCCCCCUCACACCCCUCCCCUGCACUCAAAUCCUCAAACCACGCCCCCAAACAGGACAUCUCCAACCUGGAGAGGGAGAAGCUCAACCGCUUCCACUACUCAGACAACCAGGAACUGGAGGUGUGA